UUUGCUGGGUGAGCUGGGAGUUGAGGCUCUUGCGUUAAACGAGCGAGAUCGGGGCGGCUAGCAGCGCCGACCCUGAAUAUUAAAGACAAAUAAUUAACGCACGCUGCCGGUUUCGCGGCUCUGUUUAAACUGAACCGAGCCGUAGCUCUUGCUCGGUGUCUGGAUUUGUGUUGCUACAUCAGCUAGCUUAGCUGCUAACUGGUAGCAAAACAUUGAAGUCGGAGUAGAAAUGAGCUGGUAGCGUAAAUCAAACGAUGACCGUCCUGACAGCUAUUCGGGACUCCUGACCGUGCCCUUUUUUUUUUUUUUGGUCACAAUGUCCACCUGUGUGCAGCCUGUGGCUAGUUGAUAAAACCGGACGAAUCAUCUGCGGUGAACUAAUCACUGUCUCGGCUAAUUUUUACAGCAUCAGCAGUCGACAACCGGGUUUUUUUUUUCUACGAAAAUGGCUAACGUUACAGACCUGCAGACCAAAUACAGCAAGCUGGCGCAGGAGUAUUCAAAGCUCCGUGCCCAAAACCAGGUACUGAAGAAGGCUGUUGUAGAUGAACAGGCCAACUCUACUGCUCUAAAAGACCAGCUGAAGCAAAGGGACCAGAGCUUGAGAAAGCAGGAACAAGAGAUGGACAGCCUCAGUUUCAGGAACCAGCAGCUCGCCAAGAGGGUGGAGCUGCUUCAAGAGGAGCUCGCUGCAAGUGAAGCCAGGGGCAAAAAGGGGAAGAAUAAAGGAGACUCUCCUUCACAUCAUCACAACCUUCAGACCCAAAGUGUAUUUAACGAGGACCUGCAGAAAAAAAUAGAAGAAAAUGAGCGAUUACAUAUACAAUUCUACGAAGCAGACGAGCAGCACAAAAGGAGGGAGGCGGAGCUGAGGGCCCGACUGGAAGAGCUGGAGCGGGACACCGAGCAGCACCAGGCUGUUGUGGACGGUCUCACCACGAAGUACGUGGAAACAAACGAGCGGCUGCAGAGCGACAAAGCACGUUUGGAGGUGAAAGUCCAAACACUGGAGAGGGAAGCGAAGGAGUGUAGGAUGCGAACAGAACAGUGUCAGCAGCAGCUGAAUCGGUGCCAGUCAGAGCUGAGGAGGCAGAUGAAGCAAAGCAGCAGCGUAAUCCAGGAGAAAGUCCCCUUCAACGACACCAAGUUUAGUGAAUACAACAGUCUAAAUGUGCCGUCACACAAUCGAAGGCAUCAGCUUAAGGCCCGGGACGUCAGCAGCCAGGCCCUGAGCUUCAUCCAGGACUUGGUGGCAGCUCUGCUGAACUUCCACACYUACACAGAGCAGAGGGUCCACAUCUACCCCCUGGACUCCUCCAUUGAACCCAUCUCUCCUCUAAACCAGAAGUUUUCUCAGUAUCUGCAUGAGAACGCUGCCUAUGUGCGCCCCCUGGAGGACAGCUUUCUGCAGUUUUACCAAAGCAUCACAGAAGACACGGUCACAGUACUGGAGACCGUUGUCACGUUGAAGACUUUCGCUGAGAAUUUCUCCUCGUACACCCACUUUCUGCAGAAGAUCCUCCCCUACCAGCUGAAAAGCCUGGAUGAGGAGUGRGAGGCGCCUCUUUGCACAGCUGCCCUGACGGCAAAAAACCAGGAGUUACAGAGUGACAUGAAGAAAGUAACAUCUGUGUUUGAGAAGCUGCAGAGCUACGUUAGCCUUCUGGCCUUACCCAAGAUGUCCAAACAUUACAACCAGAAGGCUGCCGUUGAGCAGGACCUCCCCACAGUCACCCAGAAGCUCUCUACCACCACAGAGUGCCUCCUCGGAUCUUUGGGAUCUCUAACCAGCGUCACCGGCAAGAUUGCUACUUUCUUCAGUAACAACUUGGAUUUCUUCACGACGCCGGCCUACAGUCCUAAAGGAAGCACGGCCACCCUCAACCCGRUGCAAGCAGAGACCAUGCUGGCCAACAAAAAGAAAGCAGCUGCCUACAUUCAUGCCAUCCAGAAGGCCAGGCCACAGUCUGUCCCUUACAGAGAGGCCCUGUCAAACCGUCGUGUCCUCACCAGCUCCACUGAGAGCAGAGAGGGACUAACUCAGCAGGUGCAGCAGAGCCAGGAGAAGAUUGCUCGUCUGGAGCAGGAGAAGGAGCACUGGCUCCUGGAGGCUCAGCUGGGGAAGGUGCGGCUGGAGAAGGAGAACCAGCGCAUCGCCGACCUGGAGGCGCAGCUCGCGGCCGCUCUGGGGGGCAGUCCAAGCCCCCAGCCGGCCGCGGCGGCCAGCCGGCCCGCGCAGAGCCACGAGGAGGCGGAGCCGGAGCCGAAUGCCACGGGGAAGGAGGCGACUCUGUGCACCAGCCUGGUUGGCAUGCUGUGCACGACGCCCACAAAUGAGCACGUGGGAGACGAGGAGUCCCGCGAGCAGCUGAUAAAGACCCACUAUAUGGUCCGGGUGGGAGAGCUCACCACCCAGCUCCAGAUCUCCGACAGCAAAGCCGUGCACUUUCACUCAGAGUGUCGAGCUUUGGCAAAGAGAUUAACCAUUGCAGAAAAAGCUCGGGAGUCUCUAACUGAAGAGGUGAAAGUGGCCAAUCAGAACGUCACACGCUUGCAGGACGAGCUGACCACGACCAAGAGGAGCUAUGAGGACCAGCUCAGCAUGAUGAGUGACCACCUGUGCAGCAUGAACGAGACCCUGAGCAAGCAGAGGGAGGAAAUCGACACGCUCAAACUGGGCGGCAAGGGAAAUGCCAAAAAGAACAAGAGCCGCUAGAGCCUGUCGUCAGGACGCCUCGGGGAGAAGGCACUCAGCGGCGUCUCGUAUCAACACUGCCCUCCAAACUGUACAGGACCGCUCCGGCCUCAGAUUCUCCCGYCGUCGGGCAGUGGCAGCACAAACCAACCUUCAGAGGAUCAAACACGAGCUUCGACGUCCUCUCUUUCUGUCACAUCACCUGUUAAAUGAUUGAAGACAAACUGAGACGUGAAGCAGAGACGAUCGCUGAAGUCAAGACUUGAAACCCUGUUAAUGUGUCGUUUUGUUUGUUGUUGGACUAAKUGUGUAAAAGCGUGCACUCUUACUGUGAGCAGGCAAACUGAGUUGAUGCUGAAUGCAGCUGAGGGGCGAUGACACUGCAGUUUACAACACGAGAGUAUCGUUUUACAGAAAAAUGAUAACUUCAUCAAAUCUUACAUUUGUUCAGAGUAAKUGAACUCCCAAUUAUGUUACACCUUUUAACACACAUGCUACAUUACAAACUUCUGAACAAAAGCAGASAAAGACAGUUGAACUCGUUACUCUUUCUGGAAACAUUUAAUCCUCUGGGGGGUGACCAAAAAAGGGACGGACAAGUUGAAAAUUGGUGUUGCUCUAACCAUUUUUUUUUUUGAAUCACCGAUCACUGGUGGGAAAUGUAAGAAUCAAAGGGGUUAAUGUGAAAAUCCUUUUAAAAUCAUGAUGUAAUUGAGCUGUACAAAAAUAAAUACACAUUUAUUGAGAAGUUAUAAAUCUUUUUUUUUUCCCCAGAUGUCUUAUAUAUGUUGAAACUACAGUUCUGGUUCCCGACAUUACUGGGAAAUGGAGUUAUGUGAUGAUUAUGAGUCAUGGAGAGGACGGGUGGAGUUAACUAACCCUCUCUGUCGUGUAGCAACAUGAGGUUCAAGCAGCCAGAUCUUUUGUUUGCUGGUUGAGACCUUUGAUCGGAAAGACCUGGCAACACCCUCUGAACUGGAGGAGGGGGAAAAUGAUGUAUUUCACUAUGUAACCUGUUUCAAAGCACAUAUAAACGUGAAGCAGAAUAAAAAACCUUUAAGAUUUAAA